UGUGAAAACAACUGGAGGAUUCAAACUGAAAGUGGCGCGUUUGGUGAAUCUUAGGCGGGACAUUUUGCUGACAAACACGACAUGGGAGCCAUUACAACCAACCAGAUACUACCAUAUUCGGUGCCAAAGUAGCCAGAAAUCUGCGUAAGGCGUGUAAUACACCUUAUUAAACAGAGGGCGAGGCAGUUCAGGUCUCUGACAGUCAUACGUGUGUGCAGACAAUAUGGCGGGACAGAAGCGUCCACAGCAGCUGCUGCAGCUUUUAAGAAACAUGUUUUGGUUUGUUUCACUUUUCCCUGUUUUAAUGAAUGUCAGUGCUCAAACCGAGAGCAGCGUGUUGACAGUCGCUGACUCAAACUGGACACUUAUUCUGGAGGGCGAGUGGAUGUUAAAAUUCUACGCCCCGUGGUGUCCAGCGUGUCAGCACAUUCAGAACGACUGGGAGGCUUUUGCCAAACAGAGCCACAGUCUGGGGAUAUCAGUGGGAAAUGUUGAUGUCACACAACAACCAGGCCUGAGUGGGCGCUUUCUAGUCACCUCGUUACCAACUAUCUUUCAUGCUAAAGAUGGAAGUUUCAGAAGAUACAUGUCAUCACGGGCCUUUGACGAAAUCCAAGCAUACAUUGUUCAAAAAAAGUGGAAAGCUGUGGAGCCGCUGCCCGGAUGGAAAUCACCAUCAUCGAUCUUAAUGUCAGGAAUGGCUGGUCUGUUCCGCCUCUCUGUUUGGAUUCGGCAAAUCCACACAUACCUAACCACCACUCUUGGCAUUCCUUCAUGGAGCUCUUAUCUAAUCUUUGCCAUUGUCACGCUGUUCCUGGGCCUUCUUCUUGGCCUGAUGCUGGUACUGAUCGCAGACUGCAUUUGCCCAUCUAGAUCAAAGUACAAAGAGGAUAAAACUGUUGUACUUCAGAAUGACGAAGGAUCUGAGGAUGAAGUUGACGACACUCUGACAGAGGAGAAGCAUGUAUCUGAUCUGGACAAUGAGAGUGAACGGGUGUCUGGAGAGGAAGAGCUCACAGAGGAGGAAGGAAGCCCAGGCACUGAAGCUGCAGCUGGUAACGUGGAGCAAUCUGCUGAGACCUUAGUGCGGAAAAGGAAACCUCAGGGUCCAAUCAGUCCUGAGGCCACAUAACACUUAUGCACAGGCUGGAAUUCUGAAAUGCAGUUUUACACUAAAAUACAGCAAGUCCACAAAGCUAAAUGCAGCACUGUAAGUGCCGAACAUGUAUCUCCACUUUCUUAUCUGUUUUUCCCAGCCAAGCCAUGUUUCUGUCAAACCCCAACUGUGGAUUCCAGUAUUUUUGUGUGUAAAUUAGGAGAAAACAUUUGUAUUUGCUUAUAAACAAAACUUUUGCCAAGGAUACAUCACACAGCAAGUGGCUGUAAUGCUCUUAAAAUGAAAAGAAAAAUUAUUUAAAGUAUAUAUUUAAUUUUAAGAUUGCUCCAAAAACCUGUUUAAUAUUUGUAUUUUGUAGUUAGGAGGUACAUGUACAAAUAAUGCUGCAAGUGGAAUGGGUUUUUGUUCACAUCGUUGUUGAUAGUUAAAACAAAAGCUGAUAUAGAUAUAUACAAGCACAUGCUUUUACAUUCCAGAGCCUGAAACUGCUUUUGUAAAAGUUUCAGUGAAAGUGAAGCCAUCUGAUACAGAAGGCACUGAAGAAUCCUCAUCAUCAUCAUCAGUGUCCAUUAUAGAUUGUAAGCUGGAUGCUCUACAUCAGGGGUAUUCAAGUCUUUAGCAGUCCCAUUUUUAGAGACCUAUUUAACUCAACAGAUUUAUUUUCCAAACAGAAACAAAAAACAUAGCUACUUUAUUUAGACUUGUACAAUUUUGCAAAUUUAUUAGAGCCAGAUUUUUUUCCCCUGAACUGUUUAUUAAAACAUUAGAAAAAACAUUAGUCAUUAGAUACUGCUUACAAUAUUUAUUGGUGUAAUAACUGUGGUAAUGUUGGAUUGUAGUUUCCAUUGCUGUACCAAAAUAAGAAAAUCACAAAACCCCUGAGUGUGCUUUAUGAACCCCUUUGAGUCACAUUGAGAAACUUGGCUCUGUAUGACUUUCUCAGUGUUUUUUAAUGUGUGCAUAAGUAUUUAAAAACUCCUAAUCACUGAUCUCUGCUAACAGGUUCCAUGCACUCAUUAAGACUAUGUAGUUACAAUAUGCAAUACUCUGUAUACAAAGGUGUUUUAAUGGUGCUGUCAGGCCGCUACUUUUGUUGUGUGUAGGCUUGUACAAUAUGGAUUUUUCCCAGCUUGCAAUUUACCAUUUGAGAAAUCUAUGAUAAACUACAUCCAACAGCCUUAAACAAGACAAGAAACCAAACAUUUCCACCAAUUCAGUUUUAAGGUGAAUAGGGAAUGGUGUAAUAAUGUUCUCAGUGGUGAAAUCAGGAAAAGGUUUGCUGCUGUUGAGCCAAAUUCUCCUCGAGUCUCCUUCAUGUGCGUGUGUUCUGAAGUAAGCCUAGCAAUGCUGCAAAUAUACCCAAGAUGUCUAUUUCUGUUAUUCUCUUGGUAGGUUACAGUACAUAUUUGUACACCAUAUUUACCAGAUCGACAGCAAAAAAAAAGCAUAACAAAGAGCAUGACAAUGCUGAAUUUUAUUGAACGAUAUGAAGACUUUGUUGAUGUGGUGUUCUGCUGAAACUGACAGAAUCUGACUCAUCUUUAUCCUUUUAAUAAAAUGUCAUGUUCCCCACAGAAACAAUAGAAAUUCAGUUAAUAUGCAGCAUCACUGUGCCUACUCAGGACCACGCAAACCUUUCUGUUUUGCUGAUAAAUUUAGAGUUCCUGAUAAAUGUGCUGUAGUUAACUGAUGUUACGUGUAUACAAGUCUAAUGCUAGCUGAGUUAAAUAUAAACUGAUUCAUUUUAUUAUACAUUAAUGAAAUUAAAAUCACCUUAUGAGCUGGGGGAAGGGGGCAGGGCUGCCAGAGGCAGUUAAUAGUGGAAAGUUAAAAAAAAUUGGCCAGAAAAUGAUCUGUUCUUAUUUCUAAAUUAUAACUCCUAUUCAUAAAUUCUGACUUUAAUUUACAUUGAUCCUAGAAAAAUGUGUAUGUAAAGGUUGGCAGCUAUGUUACUAUAGCAAUGUAAUAUCAUGUAUCACCCAAGAAUUGUAUGUUUGAAUGAGUAAAGCUUAAAAUAGGCAGUAUUUUAAUUUGUUGGGUGUUUUUGGAGGUUUGUGUGUUUUGGAUUUGCAUGUUAUUUUCUUUGUGUUUUUGCAGUAUAUUGGAAAAAGUUAUUUUUAGAGCAAUGAAAAUGGAAACAGCUGAUCAUUUGGUAGCACAUAAUUCCAGCAACAUUUUCCAGAAAUUAAUUCAUUGCCAGAUUAUAUUAGCCAGAUAGUGUUUACGUGAUGCUUUGCCAACCUGUCACAUGCAUUUUAUACUAUUGACUGUUAAAAUUUGGAAUAUAAACUGUUAAUCAUG